AUGUUUCGCCUAUCGCGCCGACUACUUAAGGGUCCCCUGUUCCAGCGUGCUGUGUCACCAGCGCGACAAUAUACUCAAUCUAAUUUUCUUCUUCUCGAUUCAACCGAAAAAAUCGAGGAGGAGACACUUCCAUGGUACUCGCAAGAACGCUUUUAUCCUGUCAAAAUCGGGGAAAUCUUUCAGUCGAGGUACCAAGUGGUUGGGAAGCUAGGCUUCGGGGCAUAUUCCACUGUGCAACAUAUGUACGUCACAUUGAAAGUGUGCGAGCGGGAUUCUCCGGAGGGUAUAAGAGAAAUGGAAGUCUACGGUCAUCUCAAAGCCGUCAAAACACGCCAUGGCGGUGCCAUGCUUGUGCGUAGCGCUCUGAAUGCUUUCCAGAUUGGCUCUCCCAAAGGCAACUACCGGUGCCUUAUUCAUCCUCCAUUGGGCAUAAGUCUAUUUGAUUUUCGGAAUCAACCCGCGGCUAAAGUUCUUCCUGAGAACAUACUUAAACUAACUUUGCUACAUCUCCUUCUUGCUCUUGAUUUCCUCCACACUGAAGCAGGCAUCGUCCAUACUGAUAUACAAGAGAAGAAUAUCAUGUUUGGUAUUGAAGACAACUCAAUCUUGACUGAUUUUGAAGAGGGCGAGAAAUCCAAUCCCAGCCCACGCAAGAUAGUUGGGGAUCAGGUGAUAUAUGCUUCUCGCAAACUCGGAAGAACCAAACAUCAUGGCCGACCUGUAUUAUGUGACUUUGGACAGGCUCGCUUUGGCUUGACUAAAUACUGCGGGGAUAUCCAGCCUUACAUAUACCGUGCUCCCGAAGUACUCUUGCGGAUGCCUUGGGAUCAGAAAGUCGAUAUCUGGAAUGUGGCAGUAGUGACGUGGGACCUUUUCCAAAAAGGACAUCUAUUCUAUGCGCGGGAUCAAAACAAGCAAAAUUCUGACAGCCAUCACCUUGCUGAGAUGAUUGCGCUUUUGAGGCCGCCACCAAAAGAUAUGCUUCGACAGAGCGAGUAUGCUUCAGAAUUCUCUGAUAGUGAAGAUGCUUCGAUGGCGACCGGAAGAGAGAGAAUCGGCAAGAAAUCUGUUAUCAGAUCCAUGGUUGAGGUCACCAUAAACAGGUAA